CCCUUUUAACUGCGGGGGAAACGGAGGUGAAGAAGAAGAAGAAGAAGAAGAAGGAGAAUGAAUAACAAGGCGACACUUUAGAGAGAGGCCGUUGUGUCCUGCCGAACGUCGGCUUGCGGCGCGUCUAAAUCCUUUUGGGAGCUACCAAUUUAUCAAUUUGUUUAAUCCUCCUAUUCAGAAGAUUGCGCAAAGGCCAAAGCUUCACGAAAUUUGGAGGGUAUAUUAGGCAAGGUAACAGCAUUGAUGAGUGAAGAAGCUCGAAAGGAAGCCAUGAACAAUCCCAACAACAGUCGGUGGAAGCAGCGAUGGCUGUUGUUCAAGCGAAACUCUCUACUCUCGUCAACAAAGUACGCCCUUGUCAAGUUCACUGCCAGCGUCCGAGGCAGCAGCAGAGGGAGGAAGAAGCAACGUGGGCUGGUGGCUCUUCACAAGGACAUGGAGUCCUGCGGGGAGUAUACUGAUAUUCAGGUCAUGUGGGAGAUGCUGCAUUCCUAUCAUCAUCAUCCUUCGCCGGCUCCUCCUCGCCGCCGUGGCAGAUCGUCGGCGACGAGAAGGGUCCCAUGUUUCGGAUCCUGUUUCAGGCCGACAUAAUUGGCAGCAAACGGAGAGUGAUCAUCAGUCCGAGUACUAUAUAUUGCUUUUGUUUUUGCAGCUCUUCCAUUCUGUGCCAUUUGCAGUUUUGCUUGUCUAUGUAAAUAUCCGUGCAGUUUGAAGAAUACAUGGAGCAGAAAUUUUUGGUGUGUAGGUAUUAGUUGAUCAAAUAGAUUUUCUGUCCUUUUCUGGGAAUCCUCACCACAGAUGUCAGGUUCAAGAAUUUUGCUUGGUUUGUUGGUAUCAUUAGUCUGUGAUGGAAGUAUCUCAGAAGAUCAGUUACGACUUACGGGUUAUGCAGGAGAAUGGAGAAAGGCAAUGACCCAAAUACACCAUGGCUAAAGCA